AAUACGUUAGAGAAUUAAAAUUCAAAAUUCAAAACAAUAAAUCAUUACCUAACCUAAAACCAAUCAUAUUCAAGAGAAAAAUAGAACAAAAUACUUUAUACCCUUUACAAUGGAAUGCCAAUUAAAAAUUUCAGCAGAUCUUGUGUCUAAACAAAUAGCAUUGAUUAAGGAAUCUUUAUUUUCUUUAACUGUUUACGUAUGUCACCGAAACGGUUUAUUACAUUGGUUUCAACAAUUAUGUAACCAAAUCACAAAACUAAUUUUGUAUUUAACGGAUAUUUGUAAGAAUGAGAAUACGGAAGUUGCUUUUAAAGAAACGAUUCUGGUGCACAUUCAACAACAAGUCACAUUCUUGUCCCUAUGCAUAAAUGUGUUCGUCAAAGAAUCUGAAGUGAAUUUGAUAUUUUCUGAAGUUAGAAAUUUUUGUAAAAAACAGAUGUUGUUUUCUUUAGAAGAAAUUGAUAGAGCUUUAAAAGGAAUUUUUAGGAGUGAUUUUCGCAAAGGAAAUUUCAUUAAAUGCAUAGAUUCUGCAUUGGAAAUGAUAAAUGAUAUUGAUUAUGAAAAUAACAAACAACAGGCCAAAGCUACUUUUCUUCAUUCAAAAAUUUUAUUUGAAGAAGUUCUCAGUCAUGCAAUGACAAUAGCCCAAGUUACUCUACCGGAUGAUUACCAAAAAAUAAGGGGCAGUUGUAAAUCUGUAAUAGAAAUACUGGAAGAUCUCACAAGUGAAUUCAACAAAACUGAUCCUAAUACAGCUAUGUUAAAUCUUUUUAUCGAUAGUUGCACUUCAAAAUUAUGUAAUCUAGAAUACAAAGUUAAUACUGCUGUUCUAAAGUUGACUCUUAAAGUAUUCUCUGAAUAUACUUUACCAUUAGAACACCUUCAGGAAUUCUGUUUGUGUGCAAAAAUAAAGGGCAAGGAAGAGGAAUUUGAUCAUAUAGUAAUGGAUUUUGAUAUACACGUUGAUAGAAUUAUACAAAUAGGAUUAUUUUCUGUUGCCUGUUCUAAUUAUAGUGAUAAUUGUGUUAAAAUUCGAAGUUCUUUACUUUGUUUGGAGGGAAUGGAAACAGAAUUGAUACCAGCUUUUACUGCAAUUUAUAAAGAUAUAACUACAAAUCAUUAUCAGGUGCUAUUAUUUCAGGAUUUUUGGUUAAGUCAAGCUCAACGUUUGUUUGAAACUAUUUGCCUUAUUAUUAAUCCAUUUGCGUUUUGUGAGGUGAUAUAUGAAGAGAAUAAAAUUAUUGUAAAUGAUCUUUCAGAAAAUGUUAAGGUUGGUUCUAUAAUUCCACAAAAUAAUUUUAACAAAUUGAUAAAACAGUCAAAAGUAUUGGAAGAUUUUAUCAAGAUCGUAUUAAAAGAGGUGAAUGAAAGUAAUAAUGAAGAAAUUAAGAAAGCUUUCCAAGAUUUCCAAAAUGUUUUGCAAGAAGUCAAAUCAGCCUAUGAAAUAUUACCUGAUAAUAUAUAUGGCCAUCAAAGAGUAAUAAAACGGUGUAAAAUUCUUGUAACCGCCAUCAAAACGCUCUUGAAUUGUUUUAAAGAAGACAAUAGCAAAAAUGAUAAUCUGCCUGGAAAAGGCAUAAUUGAAGCUACAUCGAGAUUAGAAGACAACAGGGAUAAAGUACUGAAAAAUAUUACAAAUAGUCGGGUCGAUAUAAAUGGAGAUACCACAUUUGUUAUUCCCCAGUCUACUACUUACAAUGUUACUAGUUCGAAAGAUGUUUGGCAACCAUCAAGAGUAAAAUCCGCUAAAUUUAAUCAAAUCAGGGACAGAUUUAUCAAUGAAUCCAUUAAAGAUAACAGAAGUGCGGAACUUCAAAUGACUGAUAUACUCAAUGAGUUGAAUGAUUUAAAAAAUACUAGUAUAGAUGGAAAUUAAAACUGCAUAAAAAAUUAUAUAAAUAAUUUAUUAAGUCCUUAUAUAUUAUAAGAUAACAAAGAGUGAUCACAACAUUUUGAUAUUGCUUUAUUGUUAUUAUUUCCAUUCAAUAUUGACAAUAUUAAACUUGUUUUUCCAACAG